AUGGAGCGCAAGUUGGCAGACCGUCGUUCGAACUUCAAAAAGAACUUUGAAGAUCCUCGGCGCAAGAGAGAGGACCUUCAGCUGCAAAUCCGCAAGACGCACCGAGAACAGAACCUGGCGAAGAAGCGUGCGGAAGCGCUGGACUCUCAAGAUGGGAGUUUGGCGGGAAAUGCGGGGAUGUUUAGCGGCAUGGGAGGCGCCAGCGUCGCAGACGGGAGCAUGGCUCCGGGUAUGGCUGGCCAGCAGGGUCAAGAAAAUGUCUUCAAGUUUGAGCACCUUCCACAGAUGAUGUCGAUGCUGUCCAGCGGCGAUCCGGAGCAAGAGUUCGAGGCAACUGAGCAGUUCAGACGGGCGCUGAGCAUCGAGUCUAGACCGCCUAUACAAGAAGUCAUUGAAGCGGGGGCCGUUCCUCUCUUUGUCCAAUUCCUCAGACGCAGCGACCAGCCUCGCAUGCAGUUCGAGGCGGCGUGGGCUCUCACGAACAUUGCGUCAGGCACCCAGGAACAAACUCAGGUCGUGAUUGAACACGGAGCGGUUCCGAUUUUCGUCGAGCUCCUCAGCUCGCCGACGGAAGAUGUGCGCGAGCAGGCAGUCUGGGCUUUGGGGAACAUCGCUGGAGACUCUCCUCAAUGUCGAGACCUCGUCCUUCAAGCAGGCGUCCUUUCCCCUCUUCUGGCCCAGCUGAAUGACUCGGAGGCGAAGUUCACGAUGCAGCGCAAUGCGACGUGGACACUGUCGAACCUGUGUCGCGGGAAACCUCAGCCGCCCUUCGAGUGGGUUCAGCCGGCGCUGACGACUCUCGCCAAGUUGAUUUACUCGACGGAUACCGAAGUCUUGACAGAUGCCUGCUGGGCUCUCUCGUACAUCUCCGAUGGUCCCAACGAGCGAAUCGAAGCUGUGAUCGAAGCCGGCGUGAGCCGUCGCCUGGUGGAGCUUUUGGGGCACAAGUCGACGCUCGUGCAAACGCCAGCUCUGCGGACAGUCGGCAACAUUGUUACAGGCGACGACCGACAGACAGAGGUGGUGAUCCUUUGCGGGGCUGUGCCAGCGUUGCUGAUGCUUCUCUCGUCCCCGAAGAAAGCCAUUCGGAAGGAAGCUUGCUGGACGAUCUCGAAUAUCACUGCAGGGAACCGUGACCAGAUUCAGCAGGUGAUCGACGCGGGUUUGAUUCACCCGCUGAUCGAGCUGUUGAGCACCGCCGACUUCGACGUGCGCAAGGAGGCGGCGUGGGCCAUCAGCAACGCAGCCUCUGGAGGCAGCAACGCACAGGUCGAGGCCCUCGUGGAGUGCGGAUGCAUCAGGCCGCUGUGCAGUCUCCUGGCGGUCCAGGACAGCAAGAUCGUCUCUGUCGCACUCGAGGCCCUCGAGAACAUCUUGCGCGUCGGCAAGAUGAAGAAGGAGCAACAGCAGCUGGCCGAAAACCCGUUCUGCGAGUUGAUUGAACAGGCCGACGGCAUCACCGUCAUUGAGAAGCUGCAAGAUGCUGCGAACCAAGAUAUCUACGAGAAGGCCUGGAGAAUCAUCUGCAACUAUUUCUCGUUCGAAGAAGCAGAUGUAGACGACGUUGACGUGGACGCGAGUGCCGGAGCAGGAAUGGCAGACGCCGGGCAAGUCAACGCGUUCGGAGCCGCACCGCCUCAGGGAGGCUUCAACUUUGGCCAGUAA